AUGUGGCAGCUUUUAGCAGCAGCAUACUGGAUGCUUCUUCUUGGACCUAUAUAUGGUUAUCACAAGAGAAGAAGUGUCACAAAUCCUGAAGCUAAUAUGAAUAUUAGCCAGAUUAUUUCCUACUGGGGUUACCCUUGUGAAGAGUAUGACGUCGUGACCAAAGAUGGUUAUGUCCUCGGAAUUUACCGGAUUCCUUCUGGAAGAGGAUGUCCCAGAGCAACUCCGAGGCCUGUUGUGUAUUUGCAACAUGGCUUAAUUGCAUCCGCCACUAACUGGAUCUGCAACCUCCCGAACAACAGCUUGGCUUUCCUUCUGGCAGAUAUCGGUUAUGACGUUUGGAUGGGCAACAGCCGGGGCAACACCUGGUCCAGAAAACACUUGAAAUUCUCACCUAAAUCUCGAGAAUACUGGGCCUUCAGCAUGGAUGAGAUGGCUAACUAUGACCUUCCGGCCACAAUCAAUUUUAUCGUAAAGAAAACUGGACAAGAGCGACUCUACUAUGUGGGCCACUCCCAAGGCACCACCAUUGCCUUCAUAGCAUUCUCUAAAAAUCCAGAGCUGGCUAAAAGGAUUAAGAUAUUUUUUGCAUUGGCUCCAGUCAUCACGGUGAAAUACACCCAAAGUCCUAUGAAAAAAUUCACAAUUCUUUCCAGAGAAGUAGUCAAGGCUUUAUUUGGUGACAAGAUGUUCUACCCUCAUACAUUUUUUGACCAAUUCAUUGCCACCAAGGUGUGCAACCAGAAGCUAUUUCGUCAUAUUUGCAGCAACUUCUUAUUUACUUUGAGUGGAUUUGAUCCCCAAAACUUAAACAUGAGUCGCUUGGAUGUUUAUUUGGCCCAGAGCUCCGCGGGCACGUCUGUUCAGAAUAUGCUGCACUGGGCCCAGGCUGCUAAUUCUGGUCUGUUCCAAGCUUUUGACUGGGGAAACCCUGAUCAGAACAUGAUACACUUUCACCAGCUUACACCUCCCUUAUACGACGUUACAAAGAUGGAGGUGCCAACAGCUGUGUGGAGCGGAGGACAUGACCGUGUGGCUGAUGUCAUGGACGUUGAGAAUUUACUCCCUAAAAUUACCAGGCUUAUUUAUUACAAGUUGAUUCCACACUACAAUCAUGUGGAUUUUUACCUUGGACAGGAUGCACCCCAGGAAAUUUACCAAGACCUUAUUAGACUGAUGGAUGAAUGUUUGCAAAAUUAAAUGCGUUUUCCUUUCUCUAAGCAAGUGGAUUUUCAAAAUAACAACGUGGCAGACAAACCCUAAGGUGAUCCCUCCAGUGACCUUCACCUCCUAGUGUCCACGUGUUGGUGCAAUCCUCUCUCCUUGAUUAUGGGAGGGCCCUGAGACUUGCUUCUGGCCAACAGAAUUGGCAAAGAUGCCGGACCCUUGGUUAGAUCAUGUUUAUGGCAAAGGUGAUGGGACGUCACUUCCUGAUUGCAUUAUAUUAUAUGAGAACUCUAUGUAAGUAGACUGGAGAAGGGAUUCCCCUUGUUGGCUUGAAGAAGUAACCAAUAUGUGCCGGAAGCCUACACGGCAAGGAACUGUGUGUGACCUCUAGGAUCUACAGGUGGGCUCCAGCUGACAACCAGCAAACAACAGGAUUCUCAGUCAUACAGCUUCAAGAUGAAUUACAUCUAGAUCCUGGAUGAGCUUGGAAGCCUGUUAUUCCCCAGUGAAGCCUCCAGUUGAGAAAGCAGGCUGGCCACAACUCGUCUGCAGCCCCGGGGGUCCCUGAGCAGAGGAAGUAGCUGGGCCAUGUCCAGACUGCUGACCCAAAGCAAGAGUGAGAAAAUAAACAUAUUCUUUUAAACCA